AUGCACCAGGCGACAACAUAUCCAACGCCGACAACAUUUGAGAAAAUUACUGGAACGACCAACAGACCUGUAACAAAGGAACAAGCCCUUCUUCCGGCCGAUGAACGCCGCGUCAGGCUUAUCAGCGGCAUUGAUUUUACUAAGCCAGUGGAAGAAGUCAAGACCCUAUUAAGAGAGAGAAUACGAGACAUCAAUACUGUCACUCAUGUUAUAUAUGCCGCAUAUAGAGUGCCCCCAGAAAAGGGGCCGAUGCCCCUCCGCGCCGCAAAUGACGCCUUGCUAGAGACUUCAAUCACUGCUAUAACAGCGCUGGCACCGCGAAUUCGCUCCGUGAUCUUGCAAACCGGCGGCAAGGCUUAUGGGCUGCUGUUCUCUGAGCACAUCGACCUGAAGCCCCCCUUUCACGAUUCGCAGCCUCGAGUGCCAUCACCAUGGGGAGACGAGAUUUUCUACUAUUCCCAGGUGGAUAUCCUCAAGCGCCUGUCCUCGGACGCCGGCCACUCAUGGACAUUCACUGAGGUCCGCCCGGAUACCAUCAUCGGCUUUGUGCCAGGCACGAACGCCAUGAACGUCGCUCAAGGGCUAGGCUUCUACCUGACUUUGUUUCGGGAGGUGCACGGCGCGGGUGCGCGUUGCGCAUACCCCGGCACAGCCGCAGGGUACCGGUCGCUGCACACCGACUCGAGCCAAGACAUCAUUGCCAAGAUGGAAAUAUUUGCCGCGCUGGAGCCAGAAAAGUGCGGUGGAGGACGCGCAUUCAAUGUCGCUGAUGGUGAGGUGGUGACAUGGGCCGACAUCUGGGGUGGGAUCUGCGCAUACUUUGGUUUGGAAGGGGUGCCGCCGACCGAGGACACCGCAACGGCGGGCGAUUUCGUGAAGCAGCAUGUAGAUCGUUGGCCGGGCCUGAUCGAGCGAGAGAAACUUGAGUCGAUGGAUAUCUUGGCGCACAACUGGUGGUUCGUGGAGCGCAUCCUGCAAAUUCCAUUUGACAGACAAUUCGACUUGAGUAGCGCAAGGGAGGUCUUCACACCGAUUGAGUUCUUGAGUUGGGAGCUGGAAAAUCGGUUACAUCUCCUUGCCCUCAAUUUCAGCGGUCCUGGCCGCAAGGAUCCAUUUGAAAUCGACCCUUUAUCUGAUCUGUCGGGCUCGAAUGGGCUGUCGACCGUUGAGGAGAAGUUCCGCACCGUUGUGGACGAGCCAUUCAUCAGUUUUGAGGAGCGCUCUCAAUACCUCGAGAGUAUUGGGGCUUCCCUAGGCGCCACAUUCGAUGAACCGAUGAGUGAGCAGACGCCGGGAUCCUUUCAGCUCGACGUGGGAGUCAGUUCCGCACUCGAGCAGUAG